CUAUUUUCUGUACGCGGUUUCAUCUCUCUCCACCUCCAUUGCCUGCCCCAUUCUCCCUCGCCUUCUUCACCACGCCUCUUUCCCGGUCUUCUCUCUCUACACCACAGGCGGCGAACUACUACUCGAGGUAGCCGGAGAAGAGGACAGUUCGAUGGCGGCGACGCCGCUUCCACCGGCGGGGCAGGUGGCGGCGAUGGCGGCGGGGGGCGAGGGGAACCCCCCGGGGAUGCCUCCGCCGCCCGGGACGGACAUGACCGGGAUCUGCUUCCGGGACCAGUUGUGGCUCAACACCUACCCGCUCGACCGCAGCCUCGUCUUCGACUACUUCGCCCUUUCCCCCUUCUACGACUGGUCCUGCAACAACGAACAGCUCCGCUCCCGCUCCAUCCACCCCCUCGAUCUCUCCCACCUCUCGAAGAUGACGGGAAUUGAGUACGUGCUGAGCGAGGUGAUGGAGCCGCAUCUGUUUCUGAUCCGGAAGCAGAAGAGAGAUGGGCCGGAAAAGGUCAACCCGAUGCUCACUUAUUAUAUUCUCGAUGGUUCCAUCUACCAGGCGCCGCAGCUCUGCAAUAUCUUCGCCGCCCGCAUGGGCAGGGCUCUUUAUCAUAUAUCAAAAGCUUUCAAUACAGCAUCCUCAAAGUUGGAGAAGAUUGGUUAUGCUGAGGCAGAAAAUGAAGAUACCAACUCUGAAUCAAAGGCAGCAAAGGAGGCCAUUGACAUCAAGGAAUUAAAACGAGUUGACCAUAUUCUUGCAUCAUUGCAACGCAAGCUGCCACCAGCCCCACCUCCGCCGCCAUUUCCAGAGGGCUAUGCACCUCCUUCAAGCUCCGAGGCAGAAAAAGGGCCAGAAGACCAACAAACAGCAGACCCUCAGGUUCCUCCUAUGGAUCCUAUCAUUGACCAAGGCCCAGCCAAAAGGAUUAAAUUUCAGUGAUAAUUUGGGAGCGGUACCAGUUCCUCCAGUUUUAUGAGUAGCUUGAGUAAAAGAUUGAUUUCCCUCUAACCAAUGUCUUGGGUUUCUCGUUCACAUUUGUCUUAUUUCUCCAUAGACUGUAGAAAAGAUUUGCCAUUUUUAUACAUGUUGAAUCCUUUUAUUCUCCCCUCCA